AUGACUACCACCCCUCGAAGUCUUCCAUCAACAAAUCUUUACCACCAUCCCAAUCUCAAUAGUUCCAUUUUUUCGACGGCUCACUCAGCCCCAGAUCCCUAUGGCAAGACAACUCCUAAAUAUAAUUAUCCUCAUGCCACAACUCCUGGGCAUCCACUACAUUCGAGCACCACGAAACAUGUAGCAGCUCCUAACUUCGAUACUCUAGACUUAGCAUUAGUUAUUGGCAUUCCAUGUCUUACUAUGGUCUGUGCUCUAUGUAUUUGUGCCAUGUGUUGCAUCAAGUGUAGUAAACAUCGACAGACUGCUAUAGAGAGAUGGGGAUGGAAAACCAACAAUCAGAAUCAGAACCAUAAGAAGCAUCUGCAACAACAUCAUCCUCAUCAUCAUCCUGCUCCCUCGGCCCCAUAUCACGAUAAUUCAAUGAAGAACUUUGCUGAAGCUAAUCAUUAUAUGGACAUCAAUCUAAUCGCAGCAAAAAAAGAUCAUUGGGAAGUUUCAUGUGAGAAUCUAGAGAUUGAUCAUGAUUGCUUAUUGGGUAAUGGAGCAUUCGCUUUCGUUUACAAAGGCCAGAUUCAUGGUGAGAUUCCAUUAUUGAAAGCAGAGAGAGGAAUAUCUCUCAGUUUGGAACACCGCAAAAAUGGGAAACACGAGGUGGCCGUUAAGCGCCUUCCAGCUCAUGCAGAUCAUCAGAACCGAUUGGAUUUCUUUCAUGAGAUUGAUUUCAUGAAGAAAUUGGGUUAUCAUUCUCAUGUUAUUGCAAUGUUAGGAUGCGUCUCGGACCCAGAGGAUCCUUUAAUCGUAGUGGAGUUUUGUCAGAAGGGAGAUCUUUUGAAGCUACUCAGGAAUAACAGAGCGGACAACAAUCAUCCUGAUAUGGAGAAACGAAUAGAUUUCCGGGUUAAAGAUUUAGUUUCUAUCGCUUGGCAAAUCUGUGACGGCAUGACUUACUUAGAUAGCAAAGGGUUUAUCCAUAGAGAUUUAGCGGCAAGAAACAUACUUAUUACACAGAAUAUGGUUGCAAAGGUUAGCGACUUCGGGUUGUGUCGCUAUGUGGACUCUUCUCUUUAUGUCGCCAAAGGAGGAAAAUUACCAAUUAAGUGGAUGGCACUUGAAUCACUGAAGUUCUAUGAAUACUCUUCGAAAUCGGAUGUCUGGGCCUACGGUGUUACCUUAUUCGAACUUUUCUCUUUCGGAGAUGGUCCUUACCCUGCUAUUCAACCAUUAGAUAUGAUAAAGUACUUAGAAGACGGCAAUAGAUUACUUCAACCAAAAAUGUGUCCGAAUGAAAUUUUCGCCUUGAUGGAAUUGUGCUGGUCCCGAGAUAAAGAGAAACGUCCAACAUUCGGAGAGUUGCGAGGCAAAGUUGCAAUUCUAUUGAACUUGGAAGACGAACACUAUGGAUAUCUGACUGUUCAACAAGAGGACGAAACGAGACGUGGUAAUGAAUAUAUUUCAUCGGAGGCAAUGAAAUUAAAACAAAACAACUUUGAUAAAGAUCUGAUUAUCACAAACCAUAAUAUUUCGGAACAUUUAUGA